UACUGUGCGACGUACCUGAACGCAUGCGCAAGUUUCCUUUGGCGUAGAACUGUUAGCUCAUAUCGGUUUCUUCUUUUCUGGAUCCUGAACAAUAUUCAUCCGAAUCGAGCGAGGUUCGGGGCCGGCCCCCACAUCCGAACCGGGUCUGCAUUCGUCUGAAGGAUGGACCGGGACGAGGACGACUUCGUGUCCGGGAGCCGCUCAGAUGACGGCGGCGGUACUCCGGUCCAGGACGAACACCCGCUGUCAGACGGCGAGGAGGAGACGAGGAGCCCCAGCCGCCAGUCGGAGGAUGAAGGCACCAACGAUGAAGACCCGCCCCCUGCUACGGAGAGGGGCGGGGCCAGCGGCUCUGACAGCGACUCUGAGGCCCCCGGGAGCCCCAACAACGAGAACAAAAGCGACUCUGACGGCGAGGCCCCGCCCCCUGCUGACAGCGACGACGACUCUCCGGUGAAACGGCGGUCCAGCGGCUCAGAGGACGAGGAGUCGCCGCAGAAACGGCGCCUCAGCGGCUCGGACAACGAGGAUCACUCGUCCCCCGUCAAACGCCGGGGGAGCAGCUCGGACCUGGAGGAGGGGGCGGAGUCACCCAAACCCGCCCCAAACUCCGACUCAGAGGACGAGGACGCCAAAGCGCCGGCGUUGCCGAACAGUGACUCUGACGCCGAGACGGCGAGCAGGAGGAAGAGCGCCCAGAUAGACUCUGAGGAAGAGGAGAAGCAGGAGGAGGGGCGCGGGGGGGGCAAGUGGACGGGAGUCAUGGAGUCUGACAGCGAGGAGGAGGGGGAGGGGGGGCGCCAGAGGAGCGCUGCUGCUGGGAGUGAUGAAGAGGAGGAGAAGAGGAGGGACGACAGCGAGGAGGAGAAACCAGCCAAGAGGAAGAAGGCCGUCCUGUCGGACAGCGAGGACGAGGAGGAGGAGAAGGCAGACAAACCAGCGCCGAAGAGGAGCCGGGCCGUUUCAGACGAGGAGAACUCGGACAGCGACGACUCGGUGGGUCCGGACAGGAGCCUGGCGGCCAAGCUGAAGGAGCUGGGCUCGGACAGCAGCAGCGAGGACGAGCGCGAGGGGGCGGGGCCAGGGAAGCAGCAGGACAAGGAGAAGGCGCUGUUCGGGAGCGACAGCGAAUCCGGAGACGAGGAGGAGAAAAUGAUCGCUGACAUCUUCGGGGAGUCCGGAGACGAGGAGGAGGAGGAGUUUACGGGCUUCAACCAGGAAGACCUGGAUGCCGACAAGAAGGAGUCCAAGGAGCGGCCGCAGGUGGAGGAGUCGGACUCUGACGAGGGCGUGGAGCGCGGCGGGCAGGACACCAGCUUCAUGUCCGACUUCGACGUGAUGCUUGCCAAGAGGAAGGCCAUGAACAGCCGGCGCCGGCGGCACCGCGACGGCGGCACCUUCAUCAGUGACGCCGACGACGUGGUCAGCGCCAUGAUCACCAAGAUGAACGAAGCCGCCGAGGAGGACCGGACGCUGAACAAGCAGAAGAAGCCGGCGCUGAAGAAGCUCACGCUGCUGCCGCAGGUCGUCAUGCACCUGAAGAAGCAGGACCUGAAGGAGACCUUCAUCGACAGCGGCGUGAUGUCGGCCAUCACGGAGUGGAUCAGCCCGCUGCCGGACAAGUCGCUGCCGGCUCUGAGGAUCCGGGAGGAGCUGCUCCGGAUCCUGCAGGAGCUUCCCAGCGUCAGUCAGGAGACGCUGAAGCACAGCAAGAUCGGCCGCGCCGUCAUGUUCCUGUACAAACACCCCAAAGAGUCCCGCCCCAACAAGGACCUGGCCCUCAAGCUGAUCAACGAGUGGUCACGGCCCAUCUUCGGCCUGACGUCCAACUAUAAGGGCAUGACGAGGGAGGAGCGCCAGCAGAGGGACCUGGACCAGCAGAUGCCGCAACGCCGGAGGCUCAGCUCCGGGGGUCAGACGCCACGCCGGGACCUGGAGAAGCAGCUGACCGGAGAGGAGAAAGCCCUGCGGCCCGGCGACCCCGGGUUCUGCGCCAGGGCCCGAGUCCCGAUGCCCUCCAACAAGGACUACGUGGUCCGGCCCAAAUGGAACGUGGAGGGCGAGUCCAGCAGGGGUCCCGUGAAGAAGGGCAUGUCCCGCGUCGACAAACAGAUGCGCAGAUUCGCAGACAUCCGGCGCUUGACCAAGCCGGGUCACGCCGUGAAGAUCAGCGUGGAAGGAAACCGGAUGCCGCUCUGAUGCUCAGAUUUCUCUGUUUUGUAGGAUUAUUUGUUUUAAUGUUUUGUUUGUCAGACCCCGCCCCCUUCCAGUCGCUCCGGCUCCUCAGGUCCAGCUCUGCCUUACAGGAGAACCUCAGCCCGAAUGUGAAUCUCUGCCUGUGAGAGGAGGAGCCGGUCCGUUCAGCUGCAGCAGCAGCAGCUGGUUUUAUUGCAGUUUGAUUAAAUGUACCAAACGCUGGUGACAGACGACUCUUUUAUAUGUGAGGAAUCAUAAAACGUCAGAAACGCUC